GUCACGUGAUCAGCUAACUUACCGCCCCGCUUGUCGCGCGAGUAUCCGGGGCCAGCCAUUUUGAUUAGUAACAUGGCGUCAGCGGAGAUUAAUAUGGCGUCCUCGGACAUAAUAACCGAAGUGGAGAUUCAACCAGAUAUCCAAGAGGUUGAAAUAGAAACAAUACCGGUGGAAAUACCCUGUGAGACCGUAGAAACUACCAUCGAGGGAGAGGAUGGGCAACCGAUGAUAGCUCUUCAACCACUUCCAGAGCCAGGGCGCGAAGAAAUCAUACUACAGACGCAAGAAGAAAUCGUCGGCAGUGAUCCACUAAGCGUAUACGAUCAAAUCCCAGUUCCAGAGAACGAUAUUUAUGUCGAGUCGAGUCCUGGACCAUCGAGAAAAGGUCCCAAGAAGGCCAGAAAGAGUGGUGCAUCGAGAUUCAGAACGUCCGAUCAUACGAUUUUUGGGGAAAUGGGUUCGGAAACGAAGGCUAGAAAGUGGGAGCAGAAGCAAGUGCAAAUCAAGACGCUUGAAGGUGAAUUCUCGGUGACGAUGUGGGCCUCAGGUACCGACGACGGGAGUGUCCUAUUAGCUCCUCACCUGGUGGAUGUUCCAGAUGAAGGCUCAAAUCCAGAGCCUGAUCCAGACUACACAGAAUACAUGACUGGUAAAUCCAAUGCCAAAUUCAAUCAUUCUGGGAGCUCCAUUUCUGAUGGAAUGCCUGGUCUUGACCUUUCGGAUCCAAAACAGCUGGCAGAAUUUGCUAGGCCUGGUCACAAAUUGAAAGUACGCAAGCCACCUGUUUUAGAUGGUGUUGAGCGUACUAUAGCCUGUCCACAUAAAGGAUGCACAAAAAUGUUCAGAGAUAAUAGUGCGAUGCGUAAACAUUUGCACACUCAUGGGCCAAGGGUACACGUAUGCGCAGAAUGUGGCAAAGCUUUUGUUGAAAGUUCAAAAUUGAAGAGGCACCAGUUGGUUCAUACAGGAGAAAAGCCUUUCCAAUGUACAUUUGAAGGAUGUGGCAAAAGGUUUAGUCUUGACUUCAAUCUUCGUACUCAUGUUAGAAUUCAUACUGGAGACAGACCUUAUGUUUGCCCAUUUGAUGGAUGCAGUAAAAAAUUUGCACAAUCAACGAAUUUAAAGUCACAUAUAUUAACACAUGCAAAAGCCAAGUCACGUAAUGCUAUUGGGAGACAAGUACAACAAAUACAACUUCAACAGCCUCAGUUUGUUCAAGUUGAAGUUGCGGAUGUGGAUAACCAACAGUUCAUUGUUUAUGCCGAUUAGCCCCCCUAAACAAUGAUCUCAUAUCCUACUAAACCUACUAUGGAGUAUCGUAAUCAUUAAUUAGUAACCUAAACAAUGUAAAUAUUUUCACGAUACAACAAGUGAUGCGGGCGGGACAUUACAGAGAAGCUGUUAGUUAUCUUAAAAGAUGAAAUUAAUUAAUCGAUUUAUACCUCUGUGCUUAGACACAAAGUAAAUGGAUAACACGAGCACUAUACUACCACAAAAAUAAAAUAAACUAUGCUAAGGAAGAUAAUUCUUAUCUUCUGAAACAUAUAAGGUAGAAUGUUGCGCACUGCUCAAUCUCAUGUCCGAGUAACUAAAUGAUACCUAGUGCGCUGUCAUAAUGAAACUGUAUAUAUUUAUACGUAAAGUAAAAUAUUGUAUACAGUAUAUUUUGGAGAAAUUCUGAUGAGAAUAAACUACAAAAUACGUCUUUUCCGUCGGACUUAAUUGUACCACUUUAAUAUACUUUUUACACUAUAUAAUGGUAAUUGUUAAUAGUCAUUGGAAAAAAGGAAGAAACAUAAAUGCGUCUAUUGUAUAUUAUAGUUUAAUGUCCGCAAAAUAUGAUACCUUAAUUCCUGUAAAAUUAUUAAGAUGUUUUUAAGUAUUGUCUAUUAAGAUAGACACUGAAAACAUUGUAAGAUCAAAUGGAUGCGUUUAAUAUUGUCGGCAUUAAAAAAAAAAGCGAUUAAUUCGAAAGACGUACGUUGACAUAAUAUAUUUUAUCCGUGAUAUUCACGAACACAUUGUGAUGUAUACAUGUGCAUCGAUGCAAUGACAUUAACGAAGUUGUUAAGAAAUUCGUGUCAUUUCGAAGUAAGAAGCAAUAGUUUAUAGAUAGAUUUAUAAUAUCGACUGUAUUAAAUGGCGAUUGCGUGCAUCCCAUUACAUCGUUAUUCAUUAACAUUCGCAUAUCACAAUUUUAUACAUGCAGCUACAACGUUAAAACAUAUAUCUACAAUUCGAUCUAU